GACAGGGAGAGAAAAGGAGAAUGGGGUGGAUAAAGAUAGAAAAAAAUGUAGCUCGAUUUGCAGUGGUAUUAAUAUUUGUCGAAAUCGACACACGGUUCCUGGGAGGAAAGAUUAGUUUCUUCGCUGUAUUAUAAGUUCCAUUAUUUACUACCCAAAAUUGAUCCAGCUGAGAUGACGUCAUAGGUUUUGGAGGGAUCUCAUUGGCGGCUGAGGGGAUGGCAGACUUGCCCAGCGGUAUAAGGGUGCAAGGAGCUGGUUUUGGCCACAACAUCAAGGAGGCUCUUACCACGAGGUCCUUCAGAUCCGAAUUCUUUCACAUACAGUUCCUUGUUCUGUUAAACAGAACACCAAAAUUUUGGCCUCUCUGGUGAUGGUGAAAGGGAGGGCGCCCCGACGCACUCUGCUGCUGCUCUUAAUCGGCGCCUUCGCGGUCCACUUCGCCUUGGCCCUUCAGCAUGACCUCGAUCCUCCGACUGGCCCCAGCCUUCGCCGACAAACACUGGCAGGCUCUCGCCCACUGAAGAACGAUGAAGGGAAGGCCAGUGUUUUGGUCGGUGACGGACCCGAAGGCCCAAUAUCGGUUGCUGGCGGGCAGAGGAACCGUAACGUGAACGCACGCCGGUUGCUGAGACGUAGCAUCUCAGUGAUUACUGGUACUCGUCGUCUCGAUAACCAUUCUGACGAAAGGCACAGUGAUGCUCAACGCACCGGAGAACAUCUAGACGCUCGAUGGGCUGGAGAACGACGUCUAGACACCUCACAAACUGAAGAAUAUCGUUUAAGCACUCGACGUGCUGAAGAUCAACGCCUUGGCGCUCGCCAUGUCAAGGAACAACGUCUCGACACUCGACGACAUCCAGACACUCGUUUUACUGAAGAACGACGCUUAGAUAGUCGGCGAGUUGAAGACCGACGCUUAGACACUCGACGUGCAGAGGAACGGAGUCCAAGUAUGCAAAGAUCAGAAGUAAGUCUUUACAUUCGACAUGAUUCUUUGCCAUCUGAAGAACGACAAUCUGUAGACCGACGACUACACUCUCGCACGUCUGAAGUUCGCCUCGAGACUAGACAACAACCAGAAGAAAGGCGUUCCCGACAGUCUUCCAUUCGUCGAGCUGUAAGUGCCAUUGCCUUCGCAGGUUCAUUUCCUAAUCCUGAAACACGCCAGUUUGGUUUCUUGACAAGGAGGCUUUCGUUUUAUAGAGAUUCUGCCAAAAGUACCAAAGAGGCAGUCUCUAGGGAACGUGUAGAUCGACGUCUGAGUUCGAGAAGAGCUGAAGAAAGACACUCAGCUUCCAGGGCCUCUGAAGAACGUUUGAAUCCCAGGAGAGAUUCUGACGAACGACAUUUAGAUUCCAGGAGAGCCUCUGAAGAACGACGCAUGGAUUCCAGGAGGGCAUCUAAAGAACGUCUAUAUUCCAGGAGAACUUCUGAAGAACUUCUAGAUUCCAGGAGAGCCUCUGAAGAACGACGUCUGGAUUCCAGGAGAGCCUCUGAAGAACGUCUGGAUUCCAGGAGAAAGUCUGAAGAACGUCUAGAUUCCAGGAGAGCUUCUGAAGAGCGACGUUUAGAUUCCAGGAGAGCUCUGAAGAACGGCAGAGCUUCUGGAGAACGGCGUCUGGAUGCCAGGAGAGCCUCUGAAGAGCGUCUAAUUUCCAGAAGAGCCUCUGAGGAACGGUGUCUGGAUUCCAGGAAAGCCUCUGAGGAACGUCUAGAUUCCAGGAGAGCUUCUGAAGAACGUCUGGAUUCCAGGAGAGCUUCUGAAGAACGUCUAGAUUCCAGGAGAGCUUCCGAAGAACGACGUAUGGAUUCCAGGAGAGCCUCUGAGGAAAGACUUCUUGAUUUCAGUAGAACCUCUGAAGAACGUGUAAAUUCCAGGAGGGCCUCUGACGAACGUCUAAAUUCCAGAAGAGCUGAAGAACGACGUCUGGAUUCCAGGAGAGCCUCUGAGGAACGACGUACGGAUUCCAGGAGAACUUCUGAAGAACGUCUGGAUUCCAGGAGAGCUGGAGAAAGACGUUUGGAUUCCAGGACAGUCUCUGAAGUGCGACGUCUAGAUUCCAGAUCAUACCAAGAGCAACGUCUAGGAUCUAGGAGCAUUGCAGGAAAGGACCGGCAAGAUUUCAUCUGGUCUUCCCACCUAAAUUCUCGAAAAGCACCUGCACUGCAACGUCGUUUAAGUCUACCUGGUGAUGGAUUAGAUUUUAGCGCUAUGUUCAAGAGGCAAUCCGCAGAAGUGAGUGAUGACGUCACUGAGAAGAAAUUGUUCCAAGACACAUAUUUGCAUAUCCCGGGCCAGAAGACGAGGACCGACGCAGUGCUAGUUCAGAAGAUUCCCUAUCACUUCGAUAUGACCGACUUCACUUCAGAAUUUUCUGACAGUGGAAACAGCUAUAAACAGGAAAGAAGCGUAGGUGAUAUACUGAUGAAAGGGUUGUGGACGGGCUUAGCAACACUGGCCCUCUACCACACUCGCCAGGCAUCAGCCUCCAAGCUGGCUGUGUGCUAGGACCUCCUAAAGCGCCGACUCGCGUUAACAGAUUGAAUCAAACAAUGUGUCAGGAUUAACAGUUCAUUCUUGUCCAGCUUCUCCAUUAGUUCUCAUAGCAAUACUGGUGUAUGAUAGCUAUACUCAGUAUUACAUCUAUAACUUCCUGUAACCUAAUGUUUUUGCUCGAAUGUUAAACAGGUUUUAACUUGCUUAGUGUCUAUGAUAAAUGAAACUUAAUAUUAGCAAAAACAAUUAUAAUGACAAAGUAAAGAUGAAAAUGACAAAUCAAAUACUGCCAUUGCUUUGCCGUCGCCGUUCUCCUGCACACUCACCACGACCAUCCUC